CCAUAUUUUAUUAUAUUCAGAAAAAAAAAGUAAUUGUGUUUCCUGUCAGUUAGAUGGUGAUUGUGCUCUCCUGAAUGAGGUAUGAGACUUUUUUUGAUCUCUUUCUGUAGUUGGGACUAGCAAUAUUGCUGGGUUUGUGCAGUAAAAGCCGACCCAGUUUAGUCCACAGAACUGAUGUAGCAGAUACAGGCAAAAUAUGUUACUCUUUGUGUAUUGCACUAACAGAAAGAAAUAAGGGGGCAGAUCUAAUACCAAAAGUGCUUUAAGAGUUUUUGUUCUAGUGUUUCAAACCUGAGUACCAAAACCUACAACCUAGACUGUUUUCAACAUCUUGGGUUAAAAUCAGGCUCCUAAUCAAUCUUCAGUUGUGAUGGGUAGAUUCUGUGUUCUUACAGAAACAUCUCACUCAAAGUGUGACAGCUUUUGUUGUUAAUUGUCUCAUGUUUGGUGUCCGCCUGGCCCCAUGCCUGUGCACUGCACUGGCACAACAGUCAGGGGUUGGGCGCCGUGCUCUUGGGCAAAUGGUGCAGUGCAGCUUCUCCAGCAGAGACAAAGUGUGGGGGAGAAGGUCACAGAGGGAGGCUGGGAGGCAGACAUGGGACUUAUCAGUUGUAAUGUUAUGGAUUUUUAAGACUGCUUUCAUUAAGAAGUAUAACUGUGAUAGUUACGGCUUUGAAGAUGGUAGCUGACACCGUGCAGGACAUCAGUGGUUCUACUCAACAACAUGUCAGACGGUUGCCUUCAGCUCCCAUACUUACCUCCAUUUGGAAAUAUAUCAUCUAAUUACACUUCUCUGCAGCACUGGCGUGUUCUUAAAGCAUGGUGAGCUUUGUAAGAAAUUAAUUCUGAAAACUUGUGAGAGUUAUUGACUACCAUAUCAAUAAAAGAGUGGACUUGGUUUUCAUCAUGUGUGGAUUCUUCUUUUCUUUAGUAUGUACAGGAAGCUCUGUGUUUGAAAUUAUGCCUUAACAAAUGUUAUGUCUGAUGAGUCAACUGAAAUUUCCCUUUACGUGCUUCUGGCAAUCAUAAUUGUACUUCUCCUCACUUCCCCAUUUCACACAGUUUUCUCUUUCAUUUUUCACUCGUGGCUUGAGCUGCGUUGUCUGGGGAAAAUAUAACAACAAAGGCAGAAAUUCUUUUUCUUCACAAAAUUUAUUGUGAUGAUAAUUGAUAGUGCUGCAGUAGGAUUAAUUAAGAUUGCAGAGAAUUUGACAAAAUAACCGAAUAUUCCCUGAAGACAUGUGACUGAGGAUGACUGUACUGAAUUUUUGUUCCUCUUUUCCCAAAACAAAGUUUCAUGCCAUCGAAUACUGAGCCAAAAAAGUAACUAUGUUUGGACUUUUUUUUUUCAUUUUAUUCACCCCUGGAGUCAGUGAAUUACUUUGUACGUCAUCAGAGCUAGAAAUGUCAUAUACUUUUUGUGAUUCUACAGCUCAUGAUUUCAUGUUUAAUCUGACACCUUGCAGCAUCAUGAACAAAUCCGUCUGGAAGGCUGCUCUUAUGUGGAUUCCAAGAAGUGACAUCACCUUUUUGAAGGUCGUCUUCAACGUCUGGUACGACAAUGCCAAAGCAUUACACUGGAAAGAAGUCCUUUGCAGCGGAGCUGAUGAUGAAUAUACAGUGUGUGGAAUGCUGAAAGGAGAAACAAUUGUGACAACAUUUGACAUUAAAGGUGCAAGAACAAAGUUUCCAAAGGAGGAAGAGGAGACUGUCUAAUCCGUCGGUAGGAAGAUGGAGUGUCAUCUGGAUCUAGCAACAACUGUGAGCACCUCUGCCCAUAAUUCAGCAUCAGCCGGAACGUAAGGCUGGGAAAUAUUAUUAUUCAGUGGAAGGGAAGUGAACAGCUUCUGUUGCCUUGGAGCUAUUGUUUCUCUCUCUAGCAGGGCUGCUUUGAAUAUUAAAGAAACUAAUAGCGAUUCAAAUUAAAAACUGUGAUUAACAUUAUGUACCAGCCUAGUGUACUUAUGCUGUGAGAAAGCAAGAGAUAAUAGAAAACGAUCCAAAGCCUGUCUUGCAAAAGUGAACAAGUUCAUUAAGUUGUACAGUGGCUGCUGUGAUAAAGGUAUUUUAUAGUGCAGAGUGACUCCUGUGUUGGCAUUUGGCAUACAGCUACUGUUCUGGUGAAAGCAGAAAACAGAUCUUCUUUAAUUUUUAGUUAAUAAUUUAAUUUAACAGGAAGCUCAUUUUCUUUAAUUUUUUGUGUUGCGUUUUUUUGUUGUUGCUCUUGUCUGGAACACUACGAUUAAUAUAUCUUGCAAUGGCAUGUCCGUGAAUAUUAUUUUAGAUGCAGCUUUGCCAUUCUUUUUUACAGGCCUAGUAUUAAUUUUAAACAUUUUUUCUUGCUUCUGCUGCUAUCUUCAGUUACCACCCCCAUAGCAGCCACAUGCCCUUAUGCAUUCUUUCAAUUUUUCAAGACAAGCUGCAGCUAUUCUAUUUAAAUGUCUUCUUUAAAUUUUAUUUAAAACUGCUAAACUACAUUUACUCUGCAUACAGCUUUUGUAGAUGAUACGUAUGGCCAAAAAUGAUAGUUCUUUUCACCAGCAGA